CUACCUUAGUUCAAAUUAACAACUUUAAAUCCAAAUUGCUCUCUCUCUGACUUCAUCUUCCCAAGGUUUCCAAGGCUGUAAUGUUAAACUCAUUUCUUGAGUGAGUUUCAGGAUCAUGAUACAUCCCCUUGUCCCUUCCAGAGACUCACUUUUCCACAGUGUCUUGUCCAAAACUAAGGAAGGAAAGUUAUUGUAUUUUUACCUUUACUCCAAACUACUACAGUUGUAGCCUGAAUCUCCUCCUGAAUUCCAGGCCUGGGUGCUUUCUAGUCUGUUUGAGGUGGGAAGGAAGGGAAACAAUCUCAGAGAGAGUCAUAAUCACAAGAAGUCAAGGACAGAAUCCAUUAUCUGCUGCUCUAUCUCGUGAUCUCAUCAACUUGGAGGUUUCAAAAUAAGAUCCUGAGAAAGAAACAGACCUUCCCUAAGACCUAUACAGUUAGAGAAGUGAGAUGCCUUCAGUAGUGCCUCGCUGCAGGCUGGGAGGGGUGUUAGGAAACCUGGGAUGCCUUCACUUUAGAAGGGGCUUCCUCUUCCCUUGGCCUGGAGAAGAAAGCAGAGCCCAGCUCAGCUGGCUAACUUUUUGUAGUUAAUGUGCAACCCAGCCUCUCCUAGCUCCCUAGAAAUGAUUGGUCUGGGUACCCCAGCUGCAUGUGGUGCGAAUCAUCAAGUUAUCUGAUUUCAGCUUAAAAAAAAUCAUAUUAAAAAGCAUAAUUUCCACUGUCCUAUGUCUUUGUACUCUCCCCGUUGGUAGAGAGGAGGCUCUGAAUGGCGGAAGAGAAUCGAUCCUUGGCAGCAGAGUUCAUCCUUGAGGGCUUUAGUGAUCAUCCCAAGAUGAAGGCAGCCCUCUUUGUGGUGUUUCUGCUCAUCUACGUUAUCACCCUUCUGGGCAACGUGGGGAUAAUCGUCCUCAUCCAAGCUGACCCCAGGCUCCACACUUCCAUGUACUUCUUCCUCAGCAGCCUCUCGGUGGUCGACAUCUGCUUCUCCUCUGUGGUUGCCCCCAGGACUCUGAUGAACUUCCUAUCAGAGAAGAGGACCAUUUCCUUCACUGGCUGUACAGGCCAAACUUUCUUCUACAUUGUCUUUGUGACCACCGAGUGCUUCCUGCUGGCUGUCAUGGCUUACGACCGGUACGUUGCCAUCUGUAACCCAUUGCUCUACUCAACCAUUAUGACUCGCAGGCAGUGCGUGCAGUUCGUGGUAGGGUCCUACCUCGGGGGCAUCCUCAAUGCCAUUAUACAGAUGGCCUUCAUUGUGAGACUGCCCUUCUGUGGCUCCAACAUCAUAAACCACUUCUUCUGUGAUGUUCCUCCACUCCUGGCCCUGUCCUGUGCCAGCACCUACAUGAAUGAGAUGAUCCUCUUCUCCCUAGCCGGAAUCAUUGAACUCACCACCGUCACCACCAUCCUGGUCUCCUACAUCUUCAUCUCCUGUGCUAUCCUGAGGAUCCGUUCAGCUGCAGGCAGGCAAAAAGCCCUCUCCACCUGUGCAUCCCACCUGACAGCUGUCUCCUUGUUGUACGGAACAACAAUAUUCAUGUAUUUGCGCCCCAGCUCCAGUUACUCCCUCAACACGGAUAAGGUGGUCUCUGUCUUUUAUACAGUGGUGAUUCCGAUGCUGAACCCGCUCAUCUACAGCCUGAGGAACCAGGAGGUGAAGGGUGCACUGAGCAGAGUAGUAGAAAGGAUUACAGUUAGGGUCUGAGCAGAGUGGAUGACACAGGAGCUGAAGAAUACCCUGAGAACCACAAAUACUCUGAGUAUCAUAGGGCAGGUGUCAGGCCACCCAAUUACAGGGAUUCAUCUUGGGCUGUGGAGGCUCUGACCAUGGAGAUAUUCAAAAUAUGCCUGGAUGAGCCAUGAGCAACCUGGCCUGGCUGUGAUGUCAGCCCUGCCUUGAGCAGGGAUGGGAUCAUUUUGAGCAGAAAGGACUUCUUGGAGGUCUCUGGUCCUACGGGGGGCAAAUGACACAAACAUAUGUAUGCACAGAAUUACAUACAUACUACGUAUUUACCUACAGAAUAACAACAUAUUCCUUUGUGUUCACAUACACAUUUGUUAGCCUUCAUCAACCCUUAGCUCAAAUUAGCUGUAAUAUCAAGCUGUAGCCCCUGCUCAGUGAAUGAAGGAAUGUGGGACACGCUGUUGU